UGGAGAGGUUCUCGUUUCCACAGCAACGAUCUGUGCGUUCUCGACCACCACCCCUUUUCUCGGCGAGGGCAGGGCUUGGCAGCCCCAUGUAAGGGUUACGGAAAUAUAGAAGAAAUCAGAAAUCCAGAUUUUAAUUCUUGCAGUGAAUCCAGAAAUGAGGCGGCGGCGGCCCUUGAAUUUAGGGGGCAUCAUUUAGGGGGAAUUUAGAGCCUCUCAGCUCAGCCUGGAGGUGGUGAGGGGCUGAACUGCGCCUAGAUCUAGUGGUAGCGAGGAAAGGUUCCCAGAUCAGCGACCCGGGAGCUGUGUGAUGUUUGAAGAAACGGCCCCUGCCUUGGACUGCGAUGUUCCCAUCACCUGCUUGAUACGUACUUCCGUUUAUUAACGGCAUCGUGCAAGGAUGUUAGCCAAGACAGACUUUGGAAAUUGAGGCUGCAGUCUUCCAUGAGAAUCUUGGCAAGACAUCUGGGCAGCUAUGGCUAAAGGAGCCACAACAGCAACGUCUGAGCCGCUCUUCUCCUUUGGAGUCAUAGCAGAUAUUCAGUAUGCUGAUCUAGAGGAUGGCUAUGAUUUCCAGAAAAUACGGAGGAGAUACUAUAAGCAUAGCUUAUGCCACCUCCAGAAUGCAGUUGAAGACUGGAACGGAACACAGGUUCAGUUUGUAUUGCAGCUUGGGGACAUCAUUGAUGGCUUCAAUGCCCAACAUAAGAUGUCAGAGAGCGCUUUGGAAAGAGUCAUGGAGGAAUUUAAGAAGCUCAGGGUCCCAGUCCAUCAUAUAUGGGGCAACCAUGAAUUCUACAACUUCAACAGAGAUUAUCUAGCACAAUCUGUGCUAAACACCAAGAACUUACAAGACCACACUUUGCUUAGCAAUUCUAACAGAGACCAGAGCUCCAUUGGAGACACCCCUGCAGAAAAUUAUUACGCUUAUCAAUUUUGUCCAAUGUCUAAAUUUCGAUUCAUUCUCCUCGAUGCUUAUGAUUUAAGUAUUCUGGGCAGGGACACAUCUACCAAAAAGUAUCAAGAUUCUUUACAUCUACUGCAAGAAAAAAAUAAAAACGAAAAUCUGAAUAGUCCUAUAGAUCUUGUUGAGCGUCAGUUUGUACAGUUCAAUGGAGGAUUCAGUCAAGACCAGCUGGAUUGGCUUGAUGAAGUUCUUACAUAUGCUGACAGUAAUCAAGAGAGAGUUGUGAUUGUAGGGCACCUACCCAUUCAUCCAAAUUCUUCAAACGAUAUCUGCCUUGCUUGGAAUUAUAAAGAUGCCCUUACUGUGAUCCAUUCACAUAAAUCUGUGGUGUGCUUUCUUGCAGGCCACCUCCAUCGCGGUGGUUACUGUUUAGAUUCUCAUGGAGUCCAUCAUCUUACUCUUGAAGGAAUUAUAGAAACUCCUCCAGAAAGCCAAGCUUUUGGAAGUAUAUAUGUCUAUAAUGACAGAAUGGUAUUAAAAGGAAGAGGAAGAGUUCCAGAUCGAGAGAUGUAUUACAGAGAUAACUGCACUCUGUUUUAAAUUGUACUACUGUUUUAUUAGCCUAGAUAGGAACUGUUUUAUACAUUUUUUUUUACUCUAAAGCUUUGUUUUUAUGUUAUUGAUUACAUGCCAAAAUCUGUUUUGACAGGUAGCAUAUAAAUCCAUAAAUUAAUAAAUAGGCCCUAAUAUGAUGCAAUGUACCAUGGAUUCUGUAGUAACUAUUUGCCUGAAGCUCAUUGCAAUAUCUGUUAUACCUGUAGAAUGAGGCUUUCAGAUUCAAGCCUGAUGGGCAAACUAAUAAAUGUCAGCACUGGCUCAGAGAUGUGAAGAGUGAAAAAUAAUCAAUUACAUUUACAUUGGCAAGCUUGAAAUAAAAUUAAUUCG